AUGCAAUAUACGACCAUGAGAAACGAAGCAGGCUCACCCGUAGAGUUUGUGUCUCUGGGCAUGGUCAUUCUCGAUGACAUUAGUAUACCAAAGCGAGAAUUAAUUCGCGACAUUGUUGGAGGUUCAGGCGCUUUCUCAACGUUCGGCUACCGUCUUUUCAACUCAAAGCCGCGAAGCCAAACAGUAGGCUGCCUUGUACUUGCGGGUAACGACUUCCCUGCUCCCGUGCGAAAGCAGCUUGAAGAAUGGGACAUGAAUCUUGUCAUAAAACAGUCGAGUGAUCGACUCAGUACUAGGGGAUUGUUGGAGUAUCAAGAUGAUACUUUUGGACCAAAAACGUUCAAGUACACUACGCCUCCGCUCAAGUCAACACCAGUCCAUCUAAUUGACACGCCGUUGAUACAAGCUGGAGCGAUUCACUUCUUUGCGACAGCAGAAGAGAUAUUAGUCCAAGUCCCCGAGCUUUUGAAGCUCCGCGGUGACACGCGCCGUCCGUUCAUCGUCUGGGAGCCCUUUCCAGCUUCAUGUCGACCGGAAAACAAGAACACUAUACUCGAAGCGUGUCAGCACGUUGAUGUACUUUCACCUAAUCAUCUUGAGUUCAUGGCCUUAUUCGAAAACACCACCAAGACUACGGCAUUCGACAAAGCGGAGCUGGAAAAACGUGCAGUUGACUUCGCCAAGUCAACUAGGACUGCCAUCAUGAUCGUGCGAUGUGGCGAGUUUGGGUCGUUGACUAUAAGCCCGGACAAUCAGCCUUUUUGGCUUCCACCUUUCUACGCCCAGGGCGCUAAGGAAGUCGUUGACCCGACGGGCGCUGGUAAUGCGUUUCUGGGCGGAUUUACUGCGGGCUGGAUGAAGACUCAAGAUGCGAAAGAGGCGUCUAUGUAUGGAAGUAUUGCGUCUAGCUUUGCGAUUGAACAGAUUGGGUUGCCGGUACUUGGAUCGGAAGGGGGCGAGGAGGUGUGGAACGAUGCCCGGAUUAUGACCAGACUGGAGGAGUACAGGUCGUUGUAUCUUGGGGGGAUUGACAUGGGAAAAGACAGUGAUUAG